UUUAAGGGGUGUAGGAAGGAGAAUGAGAGGAUUAAGAAGGAAAUGAGUAAGGUUGAUGGAAUAGCAAAUGAGAAAAUUAGAAAAAUUGAGGAAGAAUACAAAGCAAAAUUCGAAGCCCUCAUGACUGAGAAAAAUAGAUUACAUGACUGAUUCAAAAAUGAGAUCAAGCUCAAGGACCUUAUCAUCAAAAGGCAUAAAUAAGUACACUAAAGUUCUUCAAAGUGAGUUGAUAUUAGCAAAAGAGAUAAUCAAAAAUCCAAAUUAUUUUAAUAAAGUGCACACCGAAAUGAAAUACAAAAGGGUUGAUCUAUCAAGGAUCCAGAAAGCAACUGCUACAUCCCCUCAGAAUAUCAGAGCAGCUGGUAGAAGACAGGCAUCGGUUGAUCUGAAUAAACCUCUUAAAUUUAACUUUUCAAACAACAAAGUGACCCUAUCACCCCAGCCAACUUCUCUAAAGACUAGGAAUUUCGCUUUCUGCUCUACCCUUAGAGGCCAGCAACCUUCACUCAGGAGUAGAAGAGUAGGAAAUGUGAUGAACACGACAUUCUCUCCAAGGGAUACCUUGGAGAUAACUAGUGAAAACCAAAAUACCUUAUCAGAUGCUCAUGAUAUGUAUAUCCCAGGUCAUAAUAAGACAAGUAUCAAAGUUUCUCUUCGGCUUUAAUAGAUAAAUUAAUACAGCAAUAAGCCAUUUUUCAAC